ACUUAUAACACUAGUAACGAUCGGUGACGACCACGUGUGGGUUGAAAGUGUUAGUAAAUUAUCAGUCUAGAAAAAUAUUAUUGUACAAACAAUUUUCCAAAAUUACAAGACAUGUCCGACCUAUUUAGCAGUAGCCCAUCUUUUCAAGAUGAUAAGUCUAAUAAAGAAGUGGACAAUGAAUUACAAGAAUUUCUUAUGGCUGAAAAGCAAAAAGCACAAUUUCAAGCUCAGAUUCACGAAUUCAAUGACUUUUGUUGGGAAAAAUGUGUGGAUAAACCAGGAAGCAAAUUGGACGGUCGGACAGAAACAUGUUUGACCAAUUGUGUUGAUAGGUUUAUAGAUGUUUCACUUUUAAUCACAAAUCGUUUUGCACAACUCUUGCAAAAAUCUGCAGAAAAUAUGUAAAUUGUUAUUCAUAAAUUAUUUGUAUU